AUGGCCUCAAUUGCAGUCAUCCCAAGAUCGAAGAACAUUAAGGGCUACUCUAGCUCCCUUGACUCCUUGUUGAUUGCUCCAAUUUUGAAAAAAAUUGCUACGGACAACAAGUUGAACCCUAACCGGAUCAGACUCACUUACAAGGAUGCUAAUGGAAAACAGAUUGCUUUAGACUCCUCGAAAUCCUUGAUGGACUACUUCACCGGUGCUGAAUUGACGAAGGUGGUCGACAUCUAUGCCAAGGAUUUGGGUCCCCAGAUCGCUUGGAGUACCGUGUUUUUGUUAGAGUACUUGGGUCCGUUGGUGCUCCAUCUCUUGUUCUACGCGUAUUACGCCAUCUACAAGCAAGUACCCCAAACCCAAACUCAGGUUCUUGCCUUCAUAAUGGUCACUUUGCACUUUGCUAAGAGAGAGUACGAGACCCUUUUCGUCCACAGGUUCUCUAACGCUACUAUGCCUCUUUUCAACUUGUUUAAGAACUCCAGUCACUACUGGUUCUUGUCUGGCUUCAACUUAGCCUUUUUCAUUUACGGUAAGGAUACUGCUUCGUUGGCCUCGGCUGGAUCGCUCGAGAAGUUUGUGUUCCACGUGAACUCUUUGCCUUCUAUCGUGAACUAUGCUCUCUUUGCCGUGUGGGCUUUUGCUGAAUUGUCUAACUUCCAGACCCACGUUGCUUUGUCCAACCUCAGAAACAAGGAUAGCAAGGCUUACGUCAUUCCAUAUGGUUACGGUUUCGACUUGGUUUCUUGCCCAAACUACUUUUUCGAGUCUCUUGGGUGGGUCGUCUACUCUAUUUUGGUCGGUAACUGGUCUGCAUGGCUCUUUAUGAUUGUUGGUUCUGGCCAGAUGUACAUUUGGGCUGUCCAGAAGCACAAGAGAUACUUGAAGACAUUUGGUGACGACUACAAGAAAUUGAGAAGGACCGCCAUGAUCCCUUUUGUUGCCUAA